AUGGAUCAGACGAAUAUUAGCAUGCCUGCAUAUUUCAUUAUUUCUGGGUUCUCAGACCUCCAUAUGGUGCGGGUUACAUUUUUCCUUGUGGUUCUUCUCAUUUAUCUCUUCACACUUGGAGGCAACAUGACCAUUGUUCUGCUGGUCUGCCAAGACCCUUCUCUCCACACUCCCAUGUACUUUUUUCUGGUCAACUUGUCUGUCUUGGACAUCUGUAGUUCAACAAUUAGUCUACACAAAGUCCUUAUAGAUUUUAUAUCAGGAGAUAACACUGUUUCUGUUCUUGGCUGUCUAGUACAGAUAUUUAUGUUUUUGUCCAUGUCGUGUAACGAGUUGCUGAUUUUGACAGCAAUGAGUUAUGAUCGCUAUGUAGCCAUUUGUAACCCUUUGCAUUACCACACGAUUAUGAGCUGCAAAGUCUGUGCAUUUAUGGCCAUUGCAUGUUGGGCUAUGAGUUUCUCAGAAAACACGCCAACAUUUAUGGGCUUAAUCAGAAUAAUUUGUUAUAAAGCAAAUAGAAUUAAUCACUUUUUCUGUGACGUUGUGCCUGUAAUAAAAGUGUCCUGCAGUGAUACCUCAUUUCUGGAACUUUAUAUGACCACUGCAGGAGUGUUUAUUGCUGGUAUUCCUCCAUUUCUUUUCACAUUCGCUUCCUAUUUUUACAUUAUUGCCACCAUACUGAGGAUCCCUUCCAGCAUCGGUAGGCGUAAAGCCUUCUACACGUGCUCUUCACACCUUACAGUGGUCAUUCUCCUCUACACUACUCUUAUCUUCCAGUAUUUGACACCAUAUUCAGUGGUCAACUUAGACUCAAAGAAAUUCUCCUCUCUUUUUAACACAGCUGCUGUUCCCAUACUGAACCCACUGGUUUACAGUUUAAAAAAUAAGGAUGUGAUAGCAGCUUUCAGAAGGCAAAUAAAGAUUGCUAAUUUCUGCCAAGAAAAAGAUCAUAAAGAGAGAAAUGACACAAAUCCAAAUGACUAA